AUGUCUACGAUCUUCUCGCCAGCAAUCAGUACUCAGCGUACUAGUUUCGACGGCCGAAUACAAUCCCUGAGAAAGAAGCGCAAGCGGGUGAAGGCAACGCGAAAUGCGCAGCAAGACUUGGAGUAUGAAAUGCUACAGAAGACCGUCAAGAGCACUAUUGAACUGGAGUACACUGCUGUUGUCUCUCCGUUGGAGAGGUACCAACGCCGUGUUGCUGGCCAGCCUCUGGAUCAACUCCCUCCACCAUUUCCGUUCCCGCACGCUGGAAAAGCCACCGCGGUGAGUUGGAGUGAUGAUGGGAUCGCCGCUCCUGAGAGAUCGUUGACCACGCCACCUGCGAAGGCUGAUCAUAUGCCGAGGACUUUGCAUCUUCAGCAUCUCGCUGCGCUGACAGCAAUAGUGCAUCGGAGCCUGCUGAGUGAGGAUUUCACCCGCGCAUCACGAGCCCUUGGCUUGAUGUUCAGAACAGAUAUCGUCAACCGCAACUCUGCCAUCCGCAAUCAUGGCUAUAUGGGCAUUGGUGCAGAGGCUUUGUUGCGACAAGGGCGUCCUAGUCAAGGUGCUGGUGGUUGGGGUGAAGGUUUUGAGAAUGCUAAACGCUUCUAUGAGAGGCUCAUCAUUCUGCACCCUUACCACAAAUCCUGGCCAGGGACUGUUAAUGCCGUAGACUUCUAUCUCGCGAUGUUCAAUAUCUGGAUCUACGUCACGCAGGCAGAAACUUCUCCUGCUGCCUCUACUCUUCCCGAAGGCGAAAGCAACCUCGAAUCACCCACGUUAUCCCCAAGAGCCAACAGAACGUAUCUCGGUUCUCAAGCUAAGCUGAGAGAGCUUGAACAGGCUACAGAAAUUGCAGAUAAGAUGGAUACAUGCAUGGCGACCUUGCCGUACAUGGACGAGGCUGAACUGAUUCGACUUCGUGCUAUGGUUGCCCUCUGGACUGCGGAUCUCCACGAUAUCUUGAGUGACCGUGAAACCCAUUUUGACCAUCAUGCUUUUGCCAGUCUCUCGAUUGAGCCCGACGAAGAAACGACGAGGAGCGAGCACGUCCGCGAGGCCGCGAGAGCACGUGAUCUAGCACGUGACUUGAUUGAGCGGUUGGAAGGUGGGCCGAGAAAUGAUUCAUCAGAGGAAUGA